AUGCCUACAUCGUUAGAUUCGUCGCGCCCUAUCAUGGCGCCUUCUACUGUCGGCUCCCCCCGCGCAUCAAUGCGCUACAGCACAUAUAGCACAGCGCCGUCAUUGGCGGCAACAGUACGAACGAACGAUUCGGCGCACGCUGAGAUUCGCGAAAUCGAAUCCGGGCUCAUGCGCAUGGAGAAUAAGGCUCUGUCAAGUCAGCGCGUCAUCCUGUCCGAGGAGAAGUCAGCCAACCUCAACAAGCUCGCCCUCGGUGCUAAGCUCGAUCGUGCGCUUGAGCGUCGCAUGACUAGUCAAGAUGCCGUUAUGAGGCCAAGGAACCGAAGCGUGCGCGAGAAGGAUCCGGAAAAGCAACUUUGA